CAUUAUUUGUAUUUUAUAUUUUGGGCUGUUUGAUUAUUCAUCAUCCCCACAAAAAUGGUUUUAAUUUUCAGGAAUAAUAAUCUACCCAUUCAAGCCUACCAAAUUAUUUUUCAGGAAUAGUUCAUACACACAAAUCUAUAAAAUAAAUGGCUCUGAUCAUCAAUCGAACUAGCACCACCUAUGAUGAGAUGCACAACUCACAUAAUUGGACCUCUCGCCUACUUGUUCCUUUCUGUUUUAGGAACAACCUGGGGUAUGCUUGCACUUAAUUUGUUAGUUGAAAACAUGGGUGCGGCUCAUUGAAAACAGAGAUGGGAAGCAAGGCAAGAUUGCAGAAUAUUACAAAAAGCAAGAAAGUCUCCUUGUAGGCUUCAAUGAGAUGGAAACUAUGAAUACAUCAGGUGGUUUGCCUGGAAAUCUAACAGAUGAUGAGCUAAAGCAUCUUGCCCAGAGUGAGAGAAUGGCUAUAAAUGUGUCAAAUAUAGCUAAUUUGGUGCUUUUCAUGGCAAAAGUAUUUGCUUCCAUUGAGAGCAGAUCAUUGGCAGUUAUUGCAUCAACCCUGGAUUCUCUCUUGGACCUCUUAUCUGGGUUUAUUCUGUGGUUCACUGCUCAUGCCAUGAAAAACCCAAACCAGUAUCACUAUCCAAUUGGAAAGAAGAGGAUGCAACCAGUGGGUAUCGUUGUUUUUGCAUCAGUAAUGGCAACUCUUGGAUUACAAAUAUUGCUUGAAUCUGCUAGGCAACUUAUGGCAAAGGUCGGUCCCAACACGAACCCUGAGAAGGAAAAAUGGAUGAUUGGGAUUAUGGUAUCUGUCACUGUGGUGAAGUUUGUGCUCAUGGUCUAUUGCCGAAGAUUCGAAAAUGAAAUUGUUAGAGCCUAUGCUAAAGAUCAUUUCUUUGAUGUUGUCACAAACACAGUUGGAUUAGCAACAGCUGUUCUAGCAAUCCGAUUCUACUGGUGGAUUGAUCCUACUGGGGCUAUAAUUAUAGCAUUAUAUACAAUUAGCACAUGGGCAAAGACAGUACUUGAAAAUGUGUGGUCACUAAUUGGAAGAACAGCACCACCGGAUUUCCUUGCAAAACUAACAUAUCUUAUAUGGAACCACCAUGAAGAGAUCAAGCACAUAGACACGGUGAGAGCAUACACUUUUGGUUCUCAUUACUUUGUGGAGGUUGAUAUAGUGUUGCCUGAGGACAUGGUUGUAAGUGAAGCCCAUAAUAUUGGGGAAACGCUACAAGAAAAGCUUGAACAAGUCCCUGAAGUUGAGCGAGCUUUUGUGCAUAUAGAUUUUGAGUUCACUCAUAGACCAGAGCACAAGAGCAAGGUGUGAGAUGGUAACCACAGAUGAUGAUGCGUGAUAGCUAGCUAGUAUGGAUAAAGGGCUCUCCUUCAUUAAGACCUUGUUUCUUCUGGCCUGCUUUGGACUUGCAUAUAUAUAAUAAUUUCAAUAUCACUUUGGAUAUUUUUUGAUUUUAUUGUUAGUAUCUAAUUUGUGGGAGUUAUGGAUCAAUAAGAUUUACUGCCAUGGAUCGUUUAUUGGCAUUAAUAAU